CCGCGGGGCCCCGGGCGGGCGCAUGGGGACGGGCGCGGCGGCGCUGGGCCGGGCGGCGCUGGUGGCGGCGCUGGUGCUGCUCUACUACGGCUUCUCCAUCGGCAUCACCUUCUACAACAAGUGGCUGAUGAAGAGCUUCCCGUUCCCGCUGCUCGCCACGCUGCUGCACCUCCUGCUCAUCUUCGCGCUGUCGGCGCUGUGCCGCGCCGCGUUGCGCUGCCGCUCCGGGCGGCCGCCGCCGACGCUGUCCUGGGCCGAGUGGCUCCGCCGGGCCGCGCCCGCAGCUUUGUCAACUUCCUUGGAUAUUGGGCUGAGUAACUGGAGCUUCCUGUAUGUCACUGUCUCCCUCUACACGAUGACCAAAUCCUCUGCCAUUCUCUUCAUCCUGCUGUUUUCACUGCUCUUCAAGCUGGAGGAAAUGAGGGUGGCAUUGGUGCUGGUGGUUGUGCUCAUUGCUGGGGGGCUCUUCAUGUUCACCUACAAGUCCACGCAGUUCAACACGCAGGGGUUCAUGCUGGUGCUCUGUGCCUCUUUCCUUGGAGGCGUUCGCUGGACUCUCACACAGAUCCUCAUGCAGAAGGCUGAACUGGGGCUCCAGAACCCCAUUGAUAUCAUGUUUCACCUGCAGCCACUCAUGUUCCUGGUGCUCUUCCCUCUGUUUGCAGUGUUUGAGGGCCUACCUUUGUCCAUAUCAGAGAGGCUUUUCCAUUUCCAUGAAGCAGGAGUGACGUUCUGUAUGGUAGGAAAGCUGUUGUUGGGUGGAAUUCUUGCCUUUGGUCUAGGCUUUUCUGAGUUCCUCUUGGUUUCCAGAACAUCUAGCCUCACCCUUUCUAUUGCUGGUAUUUUUAAGGAAAUCUGUGUUUUAUUCCUUGCCACACACUUGCUGGGAGACCGCCUCAGUCUCUUGAACUGGCUUGGCUUUGCUGUCUGUCUGUCAGGAAUCUCCCUUCAUGUCAUUCUCAAAGCCGUAAAUUCCAGAGGUGAGAAAACACUGAAUCUACACAAAGAGACAUACUCUGAGCCUGACCUGGAGCUGCUGCUGCACCACGCUGAACAUGGGGAGGAGGAAGAUGUUGGAACCCUACAAUAACACAGAAUGAACGUGAAGCAGAGUCCCCUGCUCUGUACUUACCAGGUCUGCCUGACAACUGCCUAGGAAGAAGGUCCAAGAUUCUCUGUCUUUGACUUUGCUAAGGGGAACAAGGGUCCAGAGAGAGUCCUGCUGUUGUACUGCAGCAUGAAUCCAUAGAUGCUGCACAGAAAACAAGGAAUACCCUUUGCUGGAGAGCAAACUUGGAAGACGAAUCCCAAUUCAGCAGACGAAAUGGUGAGACUGGGAAAUGCUAUAGAAAACUUUCUAGGGAAUUCUGAAGGCUUUAUAUUGAGAUUGUAGACCAUGAGCUGCGGAUCGAGUAUGGACAUGUCUGGACUGCAGGCUGAGUGGUUCCAGGAUGGUUUUAGUGGUGUUUAGGCUUUAGCUGCAAAGAGGAAGGUAGGUGCAUCUUCCUGUGCUUGUUUUGUGGUUCUGGCAAAUGGGAGCUCCUGUCUUUGUGGGAGCAGAUAAUUGCAUGUAAUUCCCAAGACUUGUCCCAGAGAGAAAAGGCCUUUGUGCCUGGUGACCUUCAUGUGUGUAUGUAAGAGAGGAGUACUUCCCUGUCUGCUGGUAUUUGGGACCAAUUAAAUUCAGCCAAAUUAUGUUGGGCAGAGAAAGAACGAGGGUGCAGGGAGUCCUGCUGGCCCUACAGCCAAGGGGGGAGAGGGUGCAUCUACUUGAGCAGUAAGCUUUUCAGAAAGUAUGUGAGUAUUUUUUAUGUUUGGUUGGUUGGUUUUGGUGGUUCGGUUUUUAUUUUCAAUAAACUAGUUUUCUGAUUC